CCGCCGGAGUUGUCCGAGGUGGAGGGAGGGGAGGGUUGAGAAAGAAGUGCGCUGUCUCUUUAAGGUCUCUCGGCCAGUCUGUUUCGUAUUGAUCAAUCCACCAUUUUCCAACACACACAGCGGCGGCAGUGCGAACACAGCUCCGGCAGCGAGAAGAGAGAGAGAAGAGAGCCACCCCUCUACCUGGAGAGGAAGCCAGGGACCGGGGCAGUCAUGGCAGCGAACAUGUACCGGGUUGGAGAUUAUGUUUAUUUCGAGAACUCGUCCAGUAACCCACUGCUGAUCAGGAGGAUAGAGGAGUUGAAUAAGACAGCCAAUGGGAAUGUGGAGGCCAAAGUGGUGUGUUUUUACCGGCGCAGGGACAUCUCCAGCACACUCAUCGCUCUGGCAGACAAACAUGCAAGGGAGCUGGAAGAGGAGAUGGAGAAUCCAGAGAUGGCGGAUCUCCCCGAGAAACAGAAACACCAGCUCAGGCAUAGAGAGCUCUUCCUGUCCCGCCAGCUGGAGUCCUUACCAGCCACACACAUCAGAGGAAAGUGCUGCGUGACACUGCUGAACGAAACAGAGGCCCUGACGUCCUAUUUGGACAGAGAGGAUGCCUUCUUCUACUCGCUGGUGUACGACCCUCAGCAGAAGACCCUCCUGGCUGAUAAGGGCGAGAUCCGCGUUGGGAACAAGUACCAGGCGGACAUCACCGACCUCCUCCAGGAAGGUGAGGAGGACGGCAGGGACCUGGAGAAACUAGAGGAGAAGGUCUGGGACCCCAACAGUUUGCUGACAGAGAAACAGAUCGACCAGUUUUUAGUAGUAGCUCGGUCGGUAGGAACAUUCGCCAGAGCUUUGGACUGCAGUAGUUCUGUCCGGCAGCCCAGCCUCCACAUGAGUGCUGCUGCAGCCUCCAGAGACAUCACCCUGUUCCACGCUAUGGACACCCUCCACGCUACAAGCUAUGACAUGACUCGAGCCAUCGCAGCGCUGGUGCCUCAGGGGGGGCCCGUCCUCUGCAGGGAUGAGAUGGAGGAGUGGAGCGCCUCGGAGGCCAACUUGUUCGAGGAGGCGCUUGAGAAAUACGGCAAAGACUUCACCGAUAUCCAACAGGAUUUCCUGCCCUGGAAAUCCCUCACGAGUAUUAUUGAGUAUUACUACAUGUGGAAGACCACGGAUAGAUAUGUACAGCAGAAACGGUUAAAAGCAGCCGAAGCAGAAAGCAAGUUGAAGCAGGUCUAUAUCCCCAACUAUAAUAAGCCAAACCCUAACCAGCUGAGUAACAAUGUAAAGCCAGCUUUGGUAAAUGGAGCAGCAGGGGCGGUGGCGGCGGCGGCAACGGCGGCGGCGGCAACGGCGGCGGGGGUGGGGGUGGGGGCGGCGGGGGCAGCUGUCCCGGGACCUCCAGGCACAGGGCCGACCCCCGGCCUGGGCCGAGCCUGUGAAAGCUGCUACACCAGCAGCUCGUACCAGUGGUACUCGUGGGGACCCCCCAACAUGCAGUGUCGCCUCUGCGCUUCAUGCUGGACCUACUGGAAGAAGUACGGAGGGUUGAAGAUGCCCACGAGGCUGGACGGCGAGAGGCCUGGACCCAACCGCAGCAACAUGAGCCCUCACGGCCUUCCUCUGCGGCACAGCGGCAGCCCCAAGUUCGCGGUGAAGACCCGACAGGCUUUUUACCUGCAGACCACCGUCCUGACGCGGGUGGCGCGCCGCCUCUGCCAGGACAUCAUCAAGCCUCGAUAUUUGGCCAGGCACCCCUACCUCCCUGUCAACACAGCAGCCAUCAAAGCAGAAUGCGCCCUGCGGUUACCGGACGGCCCAAAAAAGCCUUUGCCACUGAAGCCGGUGGAACGUAAACCUCUGGAAUCUGUGGUUCAGUAUUUAGAAGCACACCCCCGUCCGCCCAAGCCCGACCCCCCGACUCGCGGAGCCUCCAUCUCGAUGGGCAGCCUGACGCCCAUUAAGUCCUCCCCCAUCCUCAACAACGGCUCACCCACCAUCCUGGGCAAACGCAGCUACGAACAGCACAACGGACUGGAUGGUACUAAAUCCAAAGGCCUGACUCCACAGUGGGACAUUAUGGCCAAACGAGUGAGUGAAGCGGGACGGCCCUCGGCCUCGAUGCAGGAUGAGGUACACGAACUGGACUGAACGCUCUGUGGGGACGACCUCUACUGCAAACCCCAGUGAGAGGGGGACAUGAAAUGGAAAAGGCUUUUUCCACUAAACCAUAGCUGAGGGCAGCUGAGGGAUGUUGAAGCUGGAAGGAGACAACAGCAUUGGCCACCUUUCUCCAGUCAGUACGGGUCUGUCAGACGGCUGGAGACCAAACCAACCGAUAAUCCAUCAGUUUGGCCGCGGUCAAUCAGAAGAUGAGCCUGACUGUACAGGACUGUGUUUAUUACUUACAUUUCUCGUUAUUACUGUCUUUGUAAUUAUUGUUAUUAUAAUUUUUUUUUUUUUUUUUUUUUUUUACCAACUAUAACUCAGCUUAUUGUUUGUCGAUCAAACGAUGGAACUUGUGAUGUUUCACGAAAAAUCGCUUGCGAAACCCUGUGGAGAAAAAAAAAGAGAGGGGGUGGAAGGAACGUAACAUAAGCCACUUGCAUCUUCUGUGUUUUUCUUUUCUUUUCUUUUUUUUUUAAAAAAAAACAAAAAAACAAGUCAGAAAGGAGACGCACUUUUAUUUCAGCGACAUGGUUUCAACUUGUCUUCUGUUUCAUUAAAUUUGAAUAAUGCUCUACAGGAGAUUUUCUGUUGUGUGAGCCGGCCCUGCUCUUCGGCCAGAGAGGUGGUUUAACUUAUUGAGAAGGACUUGGUGUUUUUUCUACCUUUUUCACAAGUAAUGCAUCUAUGCUUCGAUAAUGUAAUUAAAAAAGAUCAUUGAUUUUC